AUGGAUUAUCUGGAUGCCCUAUCAGAUGAUGGCUUGAAACCCCCGGAGGAUGCUGGAGGUCUUCCUAGAUGGAAGAACCAAGACGCAGGAGACAGCAAGUCGCUGGAGGCAGCCCAACUUCUGGACAAGAUGCUGAGUGACCUGGAGAGACGCCGUGAGAUGAAACGAAUGGCUGUGCUGAAGACUGAGUUUCCCGGAGGAAGCAGUGGCUCCAUGGCAGCCUCUGUGGCAGGAAGGGAGGCGAUGCCAGGCACAGGCCCAGGAGGUGAGGGUGCUGGGAUAGCUUUUCCAGCAGCUGGGAUGGAAGAUGGUUUGGAACCCUUGGGAGCCUCUGCAGGUGUGUCUGCAGGGAGGACUUUUCAAGCUCCAGGUCUGGUUGCUGCACCCAAGCCCAGCUCCCAUGGCAGGGGUCCUCUGAGAGGGAGGAAAAAAGCUACAAAACAGGAUAUGGACCAAAAAGGUUUGCGGAAGGCAGCACUUCCUGGAGGAAGUGAUGGCUCAGUGCCAGCCACCGAUGCACAAAGAGAGGAGAUGCCAGACAGUGCCACAGAAGACGUUAUCAAUGAAACAGGAAUAUAUGCCCCGGAUCCAGUGCGCUUCCCAAGAAUUGUCUGCCCCCAGGAUGUGCGCAGGACCUGCAUGAUAGGCACGGUGGUGACAGUGAUCACUGUGCCACUUGUGCUGAUAGGCUGCUAUCUUGGCAUUCGAAAGCUGUACGAGCACAGACGUGCUUUUUCCAGUUAUUUGAUAUAGUCAGUGAUGGCCUAAGUAUCCCAUGGCUGAAUUAAAAGACUACGCAGAUGCAAACCGGUAUGAUUCCAUUAAAAAAGCUGGAAAGCAGCUCCUGGAGAAGAGGGCAUACAUCUGUUCCCACCCUCUGGACAGGACCUUCUGAUUCCUCCCUGAGAGCAGGCACUCAUGAAUGUCAGUCAGGGAGGAAUUUGCUGCAGUUCCAGAAUGUGGCAUCUUAAAAGCAUCUGCUAUUUAAUGUCUUUUCUGAAAGUAACUGUGUAGAAUAAAAUUUCUU